AUGGAUCUCACACUAGAGUCCCAAGCCGCGAUUCUUUCCUCUCAAGUCGCGAUGGGCCUCGAAUCAGAGGGAUCUGGAUCUGCUCCUCAUGCAAACACCGAGACUGCAAACACAGAGACCGAACCAUUCCCUGAUGCUGAGCCAUUCCCUGAAUACAACGAGUCCGAGUGUGAGAUGCUUGCAUCUUCCAUCGCAGCCGACAAGCGCCAUGAACAAGCAUGGAUCCACGCUCUCGGCAGAGCCGCAAAGCAAGAGAUCCGCACCCUCCAUGUCGAUCCCAACAUUAUCCCGUAUAUCGAAGGCGACCCAUCUCACCGCAGCCAGGUCAUCCUCGAACAGCUCCGAGACCUUCUCGCUGACCCGCGACUGCGUCAUGAGAUCCGCGGGCAAUUUAUUACCAUCGUCAAUGCCACCCUUCAGUUCAACUUCAUCAUCUUUCACCAAACCAAGGAGCUUCUGCCUCUCAAAGAAGUUGGAGACGCAGAACUUCAGCUCGAGACCGUUCUCAACCAUGUUGAAUUUAUGGAUGAGAUGCUUAGAGAGCAGCUGAAGUCUGCCGAACAGGUUUCUUAUACCCUCGAGAGCGUCUCGCUGGAGGGUACGUCGGACUACGAACGACUCUGCAAGAUGUCGACUGUGUUCGCUAAGACCAUGAAAAAGCCCCGUCUCCUUGAACGACAACUGCUUGCUUUGUACAUGGACAUGUAUGAGGAAUGGAUCCGCACUCCUUUCGUCCGUCUGCGUAACCGUCAGAUCCUGACUGAACAGCAACCUAGCCCCACACGCGCAAAGCUUUCGCGUCGUAUCAUUAUUGUCUGGGAGCUGAUGACCAGAUGUAUCGAAAGCUACGGUACCUUGAACUUGCUGACUCUUGAGAUCAAAGAACAGUACUUUGCUCCGGUGCUGGGUUAUCUUUGUGACUCGCCAGACAUAUGGGAGCACUGCUGGGAUCAAUACCAGGCACUCGAGAAGGAUCGUCAGCAAACCGAGCAGAACAGAGCCGCUAGCCAAGAGGAUAUCUGA